AUUCCAUCCUCAUGUGAAGAUGGCAGGGAAAGGAUACAAUUACGCGGAUGAUUACGAAGACGAUUGGUAUCAGCAAGAUGAUGACUUUGAGGACGACGACGAGGAUGAUCCAGAACUAGCAGAGGCUGUCAGGGCUGUUGAAGCGCAGAAAGCAGCAGAAAAACCUGUAAAAAAGGGCAAGGCCGUUCUAAGCAAAAGUGGUACUAGUGUACCACCACAACCGGGCGGAAAGGGCACUGCUGCAAAGAGCGUGGGCAAGGCAGGCAUUGACGCAGGUGCUUCUGCCCUGGCUCAUUACCUCUGUGAUCCACCUCCUACUCUGCCGAGCGGCAAGCCUCAAAAGGGGGGCAGGAGAGUAGAGCAGCCACCCCCAGUAUCACAGACCUUUCCAAUAGCGCCACAGGAGUCUGCAGCAGAUGAGGGGAGACUAUUCAGAUUUGACCAACCAUCUCCGGAUGACCGCGUGCUAGCAGCUCAGUCAGGCAAGCCCGUAGUGUCACUAACGCAGAAUAGAGCGGCUCAGCAUACCCAUGCAAGGCCAAGUGUUGCGGCACAAGAGGAAGUGGAGAGGGGAGUGGCAGCGAUUCAGCUGCAGGCGGAGGCGGCGGCCGCUGUCAGAGUACAGGCCGGACAGUGACCUGGCAAGAGCAUGCGACGAGGCGAGUGCGCGGGAAGGUGUAGAGGCUAAUGGCAAAUCGCGGCUGCAUCUGGUGGUGCUGGGCCAUGUAGAUGCUGGCAAGUCCACGCUCAUGGGCCGCCUGCUGCAUGAACUAGGGCACAUCAGCCAGAAAACUGUGCACAAAGCGCAGCGCGAUGCAACGGCGGCCGGGAAGGGGUCGUUUGCAUGGGCGUGGCUGUUGGAUGAGAGGGCCGAGGAGCGCUCGAGGGGGGUCACCGUCGAUGUCGCAUCCACCUUCUUCGAGACCCCAAAGCACCUGGUCAGGCUGCUGGAUGCGCCCGGCCACCGCGACUUUGUGCCCAACAUGAUUGCUGGGGCAGCCCAGGCGGACGCUGCGCUGCUCUUGGUGGAUGGAUCGGUGGGGGGAUUCGAGGCGGGCUUUGAUGCGGGCGGCGGCAUGGGUGGCGGGCAGACGCGGGAGCACGCGCAGCUGGCGCGCAGCCUCGGCAUUGAGCAGCUCGCCGUCGUCAUCUCCAAGCUGGACACCUGCGCCUUCUCCCAGGAGCGGUUUGAGCAGGUCAAGGGGGCGCUUCUGCCUUUCCUGCGCACAUCAGGCUUCAGGGAGAGCCAGGUGCAGUGGCUGCCGGCCGUGGGCCCCUCAGGGCAGAACCUGACGGAUCACCCCACUGAGCCGGCACUGAGCAGCUGGUGGCGGGGGCCCUCGGUGGUGGCCGCCAUCGACGCAUUCCGGCCGGCGGCGCGCGCAUUGGAGCGGUCGCUGCGCAUGCCCAUUGCCGACGUGUUCAAGGGAUUGCGCGGGGGAUUGGCCGUCGGCGGCAAGCUGGAGGGCGGCGCUCUCAAGGUGGGCACGAGGGUGCUGGUGCAGCCGGGCGGCCACCAGGCGAUGGUGCGCAGUGUGGAGAUGGAUGGACAGGCCGCGGCGCUGGCGAGGGCUGGCGACACAGCGGACGUGGUGCUGGCGGGUGUUGAUGCCACGGCGCUGGCGGUGGGCGCGGUUGUGUGCCACCCGGACUGGCCCGUGCCGGUGGCCGGCCGGUUGGAGGCGCGCAUCGUCGUGCUGGACCUCCCGCUGCCCAUCCUCAAAGGCCGCCAGGUGAGCGUGCAUGUGCACACGGCGCAGGAGUCCGGCCAGAUUUCGCGGCUGGUCUCUGUGCUGAAUCCAAAGACGGGCGAGGUGACAAAGGCGCGACCGCGCGCUCUGACCAAGGGGCAGACGGCGGUGGUGGAGAUCAGCGUGGCUCGGCCCAUGUGCGUGGAGCUGUACACCGACUACAGAGCCCUCGGCCGCAUUGCCCUGAGGGAUGGCGGGCACACCAUUGCAGUGGGCAUAAUUGUGUCGCUCCUCGACUCUGACUGA